AUGGGGCGGGGUGAUGGAAGGAGGGAGAAUGGGGCGGGGAGUAGGAAAGCGGGAGAAUGGGGCGGGGUGAUGGAAGGAGGGAGAAUGAGGCGGGGUGAUGGAAAGCAGGAGAAUGGGGCGGGGGUGAUGGAAAGCGGGAGAAUAGGGCGGGGUGAUGGAAAGCGGGAGAAUAAGCCCCAUUCUCCCGCUUUCCAUCACCCCGCCCCAUUCUCCCGCUUUCCAUCACCCCGCCCCAUUCACCCGCUUUCCAUCACCCGCCCUUUUCUCCCGCUUUCCAUCACCCCGCCCCAUUCUUCCGCUUUCUACACCCGCCCCAUUCUCCCGCUUUCGAUCACCCGCCCCAUUCUCCCGCUUUCCAUCACCCCGCCCCAUUCUCCCGCUUUCCAUCACCCCGCCCCAUUCUCCCCCUUUCCAUCACCCCGCCCCAUUCUCCCGUUUUCCAUCACCCCGCCCUAUUCUCCCGCUUUCCAUCACCCUGCCCCAUUCUCCCUCUUUCCAUCACCCCGCCCCAUUCUCCCGCUUUCCAUCACCCCGCCGCAUUCUCCCGCUUUCCAUCAGUCCGCCCCAUUCUCCCGCUUUCCAUCACCCCGCCCCAUUCUCCCGCUUUCCAUCACCUCGCCCCAUUCUCCCGCUUUCCAUCACCCCGCCCCAUUCUCCCGCUUUCCAUCACCCCGCCCCAUUCUCCCGCUUUCCAUCACCCCGCCCCAUUAUCCCGCUUUCCAUCACCCCGCCCCAUUCUCCCGCUUUCCAUCACCCCGCCCCAUUCUCCCUCCUUCCAUCACCCCGCCCCAUUCUCCCUCCUUCCAUCACCCGGCUCCAUUCUCCCACUUUCCAUCACCCCGCCCCAUUCUCCCGCUUUCCAUCACCCCGCCCCAUUCUCCCGCUUUCCAUCACCCCGCCCCAUUCUCCCGCUUUCCAUCACCCCGCCCCAUUCUCCCGCUUUCCAUCACCCCGCCCCAUUCUUCCGCUUUCCAUCAACCCGCCCCAUUCUUCCGCUUUUUAUCACCCCGCCCCAUUCUCCCACUUUCCAUCACCCUGCCCCAUUCUCCCACUUUCCAUCACCCCACCCCAUUCUCCCUCCUUCCAUCACCCCACCCCAUUCUCCCGCUUUCCAUCACCCCGCCCCAUUCUCCCGCUUUCCAUCAUCCCGCCCCAUUCUCUCGCUUUCCAUCACCCCGCCCCAUUCUCCCGCUUUCCAUCACCCCACCCCAUUCUCCCGCUUUCCAUCACCCCGCCUUAUUCUCCCGCUUUCCAUCGCCCCGCCCCUUUUUCCCGCUGUCCAUCACCCCGUCCCAUUCUACUGCUUUCCAUCACCCCGCCCCAUUCUCCCGCUUUCCAUCACCCCGCCCCGUUCUCCCGCUUUCCAUCACCCCUCCCCGUUCUCCCGCUUUCCAUAACCCCGCCUCGUUCUCCCGCUUUCCAUCACCCUGCCUCGUUCUCCCGCUUUCCAUCACCCCGCCCCAUUCUCCCGCUUUCCAUCACCCCGCCUCAUUCUCCCGCUUUCCAUCACCCCGCCCCAUUCUCCCGCUUUCCAUCAACCCGCCCCAUUCUCCCGCUUUCCAUCACCCCGCCCCAUUCUCCCGCUUUCCAUCACCCCGCCCCAUUCUCCCGCUUUCCAUCACCCCGCCCCAUUCUCCCGCUUUCCAUCACCCCGCCCCAUUCUCCUGCUUUCCAUCACCUCGCCCCAUUCUCCCGCUUUCCAUCACCCCGCCCCAUUCUCCCGCUUUCCAUCACCCCGCCCCAUUCUCCCGCUUUCCAUCACCCCGCCCCAUUAUCCCGCUUUCCAUCACCCCGCCCCAUUCUCCCGCUUUCCAUCACCCCGCCCCAUUCUCCGGCUUUCCAUCACCCCGCCCCAUUCUCCCGCUUUCCAUCACCCCUACCCAUUCUCCCGCUUUCCAUCACCCCUCCCCAUUCUCCCGCUUUCCAUCACCCCGCCCCAUUCUCCCACUUUCCAUCACCUCGCCCCAUUCUCCCGUUUUCCAUCACCCCGCCCCAUUCUCCCGCUUUCCAUCACCCUGCCCCAUUCUCCCUCCUUCCAUCACCCCGCCCUAUUCUCCCUCUUUCCAUCACCCCGCCCCAUUCUCCCUCCUUCAAUCACCUCGCCCCAUUCUCCCGCUUUCCAUCACCCCUCCUCAUUCUCCCGCUUUCCAUCACCCCGCCCCAUUCUCCCUCCUUCCAUCACCCCGCCCCAUUCUCCCUCCUUCCAUCACCCCGCCCCAUUCUCCCGCGUUCCAUCACCCCGCCCCAUUCUCCCGCUUUCCAUCACCCCGCCCCAUUCUCACGCUUUCCAUCACCCCACCCCAUUCUCCCACUUCCCAUCACCCCGCCUCAUUCUCCCGCUUUCCAUCACCCUGCCCCAUUCUCCUGCUUUCCAUCACCCCGCCCCAUUCUCCCGCUUUCCAUCACCCCGCCCCAUUCUCCCGCUUUCCAUCACCCCGCCCCAUUCUCCCGCUUUCCAUCACCCCGCCCCAUUCUCCUUCCUUCCAUCACCCCGCUCAAUUCUUCCUCUUUCCAUCACCCCGCCCCAUUCUCCCGCUUUCCAUCACCCCGCCCCAUUCUCCCGCUUUCCAUCACCCCACCCCAUUCUCCCGCUUUCCAUCACCCCGCCCCAUUCUCCGUCCUUCCAUCACCCCGCUACAUUCUCCCUCCUUCCAUCACCCUGCCCUAUUCUCCCGCUUUCCAUCACCCCGCCCCAUUCUCCCGCUUUCCAUCACCGCGCCCCAUUCUCCUGCUUUCCAUCAUCCCGCCCCAUUCUCCCGCUUUCCAUCACCCCACCCCAUUCUCCCGCUUUCCAGCACCCCGCCCCAUUCUCCCGCUUUCCAUCACCCCGCCCCAUUCUCUCGCUUUCCAUCACCCCGCCCCAUUCUCCCACUUUCCAUCACCCCGCCCCAUUCUCCCGCUUUCCAUCACCCCGCCCCAUUCUCCCGCUUUCCAUCACCGCGCCCCAUUCUCCUGCUUUCCAUCAUCCCGCCCCAUUCUCCCGCUUUCCAUCACCCCACCCCAUUCUCCCGCUUUCCAGCACCCCGCCCCAUUCUCCCGCUUUCCAUCACCCCGCCCCAUUCUCUCGCUUUCCAUCACCCCGCCCCAUUCUCCCACUUUCCAUCACCCCGCCCCAUUCUCCCGCUUUCCAUCACCCCGCCCCAUUCUCCCGCUUUCCAUCACCCCACCCCAUUCUCCCUCGGGCUAGAAGCGCUCGUUCCGCCAGGUCACGUGGCUGCGCAGGUCUGGUCUUAUGACCAAGCGAGCAUCGGCGUUCGAGAAUGA